AUGAUGCAGAAGCAUUCCAAGAUCGGCCACCGCAAGGUCUCGCCGCCGGGUCCGACCUACAUGUCCGAUGAUCAAGUCGCCAACUACCUGAAAGAUCUUCGAACCAAUCGUCCAGCGCGGCCCACCGGCUCUCGCCCCUACCCGGGUAAAUCUACGCAGCCCUCCCCCGACCCUCAAGCGAGCCUGCCUCCCCGCGCUGCAUCGGCCUUCUCAAUGUAUCGACCAUCUGACGAGCUCCGCCAUGAACGACCGCGCCCGGAGAGCGCCGCGUCACGUCGCCGGAUGUCCUCGAAUGCAUCAGGAAACGGACCAGCAGGCCGCCCACUCGCCCAGGAACCGCGUUCAGCAUCUGUCCGAAAGACCGUUUUCCCCUCUCAGGUGUUGUCUCGGUCCUUUGCCGUGUCGCCAGUCCCCUCGUAUCGGGAGAAUGAUGAACGGCUCCAAGAGAAGACAGAAGCCCGGCAGUUGCGAGAUGCGUUGCAGGACCUGGAUCUGAAUGACGAGGUUCGUUUGCACGCGGCAGCCCAAGAUGAAGCGACAGAGCUUGUAUGGAUGCACCAGAACCCAGGCAUGGCGUACAAGAAUCCAUACGCUCCAUACCGUAACCCAGAUAUUAAACCCCAAAGCAUGAGGCACUCAAUUGGAAGUCCAAGUCAGAAGAGUUCUGGCUCAUCGUCGAACAAGUUCCGUCAUUCGGUUGGAUCAAGUGGUUCGAGCAACCAAUCGAGCCCAGAGAUGCCAGAGGCGACUCGAGAUAAGACUCGGAGGAGGUCUUCGCUUGCGGGAUCUCUCAAAAAGAAUUUGAAGGUCAAUUUUGCUUUGCCUGAGGAACCGCAAUCAACUAACACUACUCCCAAACCCCGAACUGUGAGCGGAGACUCCUCAAAGGGUGUUUUCAAAAACCCCAACGAUCAUAUUUAUGAGGAGCCUCUUGACCCUGCCAAGGAAGAAGAGAGUCGACCUGAUUUCUCGAGCCUCUCCCAUGGUUGCGGGACCGGAAUUCCAAUGGAUCCGUCCGAGACAAAAUCUCCAGAUUCGAUAUCCACAAGAACCCCCCCCACGCAAUCCAGGAACCCUGCAUACACAAGCAAUGAGUCCACCCCGCCACCGGAGCCCCAAGGAGAGGACAUUCCCACGAAAGAUGGUAUUGAGAUCCGCGGAGAUGAUAUUCGCGCCGCAACAAGUAAAAAAUUGAAGGAUCGAAGUGAAAGCUUGCCAAUGCCAUCUGCUGUCAGUGACCGAGUGGGGCGACCUAUCGUCAGCUUUGAUCCCAAAUGGCGACCUGGCGACGCGCCGAAGCCUAACCCUGCACAAGCAGGGAGCCACUCGGCUCCUGUAACCCCCGCAGCGCCUACCAUCGAAGUGGUACCUAGUAUUGAGGUCUCGCAGCAUUCUGUGCCUCCUGUUCCUACCAUCGUUGGCCCGGACGAUGACCCCUCGCCCCCUGUUCCCGUCAUUAAUGUCCCAGAUAUCAAGACGCCUACAAUCUCAGAAUACAGCACCCCUGCAGAACAGCAGGGCAAACCCACGAGCCGGCACGCACCAGCGCCGGCCAUUCGUAAUAGUCAACAGCUCUCCUUGCAACGAAACCGCUCCGAGCCACAAACUCGCUGGCAAACUCCAUAUACCCGCUCCGGAGUGCCAACGGCACGAUGCGAAUCGUGCUCCCUUUCUAUUUCCGGCAAAAUUGUCACUGCUGGAGGCUGUCGCUUCCAUCCCGAAUGCUUCGCUUGCUUCCACUGCCAGACACCCCUAGAGUGCGUAGCAUUCUACGAAGAACCCCAAGCCAGCCGGGAGGAGAGGCUCGCGAAUUCUCCAGAGGAAGACCGCGUGCCUCGGUUCUACUGCCACCUCGACUUCCACGAACUUUAUAGCCCUCGCUGCAAGAGCUGCAAGACCCCGAUUGAGGGUGAAGUGGUGGUCGCGUGUGGGGCUGAAUGGCACGUCGGCCACUUCUUCUGUGCGGAGUGUGGAGACCCUUUCAACUCGACCACCCCAUUUGUAGAGAAGGACGGUUUCGCUUGGUGUCUCAAAUGCCAUUCGCGCCGUACUGCUCCCCGUUGUCUAGGCUGUAAGCAGCAUGUUUUGGAUGAACUUGUCGUCAGCGCGAUCGGUGGACAAUGGCAUGAACGCUGCUUUGUCUGCCACGAGUGCGGUGACGGAUUUGGAUCCGAGGGCCGCUUUUUUGUUCGUGAGGGAGAGCCGAAACGGACCGCCAAGGGACGGAUUAUUGGCGGUCCCGUGCAGCACGCUGUCUGUGAACGGUGUGAAGGCAUUCGCCUCAAGGCGGCAGGGAUGUGCUAA